AUGGUGGACCCCGUACCUGAAGAGGAGAAGGCGGGAGCUGAGCCCGGAGGCUCGGGUGGGGACGGAGCCGGCGCGUCUGUGCCCCCUGACGCCCAGGGCGCCCAGCAGCCUGCGGCCUCUUCGGCCUCGGCCUCGGCCUCGGCCUCUGCGGCGGUGCCCCGCAAGGGUGAAGUCCCGUGCGCAGCAGAAGGCGGGCGGCGGGAGCAGUCCCCGCUGCUACACCUCGAUCUCUUCAACUUCGACUGUCCGGAGGCCGAGGGCAGUCGCUACGUGCUGACCAGCCCCCGCUCGCUAGAGGCCUGCGCCCGCUGCGCGGUCAAGCCGGUGGAGCUGCUGCCACGGGCCCUGGCAGACCUGGUGCGCGAGGCCCCCGGCCGCUCCAUGCGAGUGGCCACGGGCCUGUACGAGGCCUACGAGGCGGAGCGGCGCGCCAAGCUGCAGCAGUGCCGGGCCGAGCGCGACCGCAUCGUGCGCGAGGAGAAGCGGCGCCUCUUCACGCCGCUGGGCCCCACGGCCGCCGCGGCCCCGGCCCCCAGCGCGGGCAGCAGCAGCAGCUGCAGCAGCGCCAGUCUGCCGGCCUCGCCCGCGCCGCGUGCCGCCCGCAAGGCCUCCUCCAGUCCUUCUCCGGCCCGGACCCAACCUCCGCCCGCGGCUUCACGGGCGGGUAGGAAGAGCCAUUCGCUAGACUCGCUGUCCCGCCGGCGCGAGGGCGCCCUCAGCUCCGAGUCCGGCGCGUCAUCUUCGUCCUACAGUGGGGAGAGCCUGCGGGAGCUACGCUGGCCGCCGCGGGCCCCGGCCAGGAACAGCUGCCCGGCGGGGUCCGCGUCCUCCGCCCUCAACCCUCUGGGCCGCCCGUCCGCCCUGGCCCUGGUUCCGCUCACCGGCCGCAGCUUCAGCCUCGGAGACCUGAGCCACUCGCCGCAGACGGCUCAGCACGUGGAGCGCAUCGUGCGCCAAGUACGCGCCGAGCGGGGCCUGCGCGGGGUGCCCGAGCGCGACCGCAAGAUCGCGGCACUGAUGCUGGCGCGGCACCAGGAGGAGCGCCUGUUGCUGGAGCAGCGCGCCGCAGCCCACGGCCAGUGGGAGCAGCAGCGUGUGCGCGCCGAACAGAGGCGGGAGCGCGAGGAGCGCGAGAAGCAGCGCGCCCUGGAGCAGGGCCGCCGGGCCUGGGCCGCGCAGGUGGAGGAGCGGCGCGGCCGCCGGGGCCGCGAGGAGCGAGAGGCGGCGCGGCGGCGGCAGCGGCAGUGCGAGCGCAGCGAGGAGCGGCGGCGGGAGCUGGCUGAGCGCCAGGGCCUGCUGCGGCGCGAGCGGGCGGAGCGCGCGGCCCGGGAGGACCGGCUGCGUAAGCUGCAGCAGGAGCAGAACCUGAAGCAGCGGGAGGAGGGCCUGCAGGAAGGGCGGGAGCGCGCGGAGCAGGUCCGCAGGGAGCGCGCCCAGCGCGCAGCCCGCGCCAAGCAGCGGCAGGAGGGCCAGCUACAGCGGGAGAAGCGGGAGCUGAGCCGGGCCGAGCGGGCUCGCCACGAGGCGCUGCUGCAAGGCCGGGCCCGGCAGGAGCACGAGGAGCGAGAGGGCCUGCGGAGCUCCCUGGAGGCCAGUUUGGGCCGCGCGCAGGAGAACUACGAGCAGUUGGUGGAGCAGCGCACCCGGGAGCUGCGGGAGCGGGCCCGGCGGGAGGAGCUGCAGGGCCGGCGGGCCAAGGAGGCUGCCGAGCGCAAAGAGCGGGAGCAUCAGGCACACCUGGAGGCGCUAGCCCGGGCAGGGGAGCGGCGGCUGCAGCACGCGGCGCAGGCGGCCGAGGAGGCGGUGCAGCAGAAGGCACGGCGCGUGGGCCAGAGCCGGUUGGAGAAGGAGCGGACCCAGCGUGCCAACAAGGAGAAGGUGGAGAGGGACGAAGACUGCCGCCGGCAGGAGCUGCUCCAAGCCAUCGGGCGCAAGCUGGAGCGCAGCGAGCAGCUGUCGCGGGAGCGACGUAGCGCGCUGGAGAGCGCACGCUCCACAGCCCGGGCCUCCUUCCACGUGCGCGAGAAGGUGCGAGAGGAGACCAACACGCGCUCCUUUGACCGCAUGGUACGCGAGGCCCAGCUGCAGGCCAGCCUGGACCGCAAAUGA